CUUUUCUUUUUUGGGUUGAAUUCUUCCAUUUAUCACAAACUAAUUUCAACAGCUUUUAACCAAAAACAGAAAAAAGGCCACCAUCCACUCAAUCUCAUUACCUAUUCCUCUCCUUCUUUCUUUCUUUCUCUCUCUCGUUCGCCAUAGCCUCCACACUCCUAUUUCUCUCUCAUACACACAAAAAUGGUUGCUUUGAAUGUCAUAACCCCAAUCACCACCACCACCAAAUCUUUCCACCGUAGAUAUAGAUACCCUCUAACCACAACCACCACCACCACCAACACCCUCCAUUACCCAUCUCUCCCUCACCAAUCCACAGCCGCCAUUACCAAUGCCCACAAAGCUUUCCCCUUUUCACUCAACCCCAUCUGUCGCAUCCACCAUCUUCUUCCCAGAGCAGCCUCCUCCUCCAACGGAGAAGAAGCAGAACCAGCUUCUCCCCUUUCAACCCCAACCCCAAAAUCGAAGGCCACUCAGGUUCAGCUCGCCAUUGUUUUCGGCCUCUGGUAUUUCCAGAACAUUGUCUUCAACAUCUACAACAAGAAGGCUUUGAAUCUCUUCCCAUUCCCAUGGCUUCUCGCUUCUUUUCAACUCUUUGUGGGUUCCAUUUGGAUGGUAGCUCUCUGGUCCUUAAAGCUCCAACCUUGCCCCAAAAUCACUAAACCCUUCAUUGUUGCUCUCCUUGGACCUGCAUUGUUCCACACAGUAGGUCACAUUUCAGCUUGCGUUUCAUUCUCCAAGGUAGCUGUUUCGUUCACCCAUGUCAUCAAAUCUUCAGAGCCUGUUUUCUCUGUUGUAUUCUCCUCUUUCUUAGGUGAUACAUACCCUUUAAAGGUAUGGCUCUCUAUUCUCCCCAUUGUUAUGGGUUGUGGUUUAGCUGCAGUGACUGAGGUUUCUUUCAAUCCCCAAGGCUUGUGGGGUGCUUUGAUUAGCAAUGUUGGGUUUGUUUUGAGGAAUAUUUACUCCAAAAGGAGUUUACAGAGCUUUAAGGAAGUAAAUGGGCUUAAUUUAUAUGGUUGGAUUAGUAUAAUUUCACUGUUUUAUCUAUUUCCAGUGGCCAUUUUUGUGGAAGGGUCUCAAUGGGUUCAAGGGUAUCACCAGGCCAUUGCUGCUUCUGCUGGAAAACCUUACACAUUCUAUACAUGGGUUUUGAUCUCUGGUUUGUUUUACCAUCUUUACAAUCAAUCUUCAUACCAAGCUCUUGAUGAAAUUAGUCCAUUGACAUUUUCUGUUGGGAACACAAUGAAGAGGGUGGUGGUUAUAGUGUCUACUGUUUUGGUGUUUAGAAAUCCAGUUAGGCCUCUUAAUGCUCUUGGAUCAGCCAUUGCCAUUUUUGGAACUUUCUUGUAUUCACAGGCAACAUCUGGAUCAAAGAAAAAGGCAAUUGAAGAGGAAAAGAAGAACUGAGUUUCUUAACCCAUAAUGAUGUUAUUUUGUCAUUCUGUUUUUCUUUUUUGUUUUUGAUUUGUUGUAGCCUAUAGGCUUAAAUAGAAGUUUGAUUCAGCAAGGUUUAUGAUUUUUCAUACUUCUAUUAUAUUCAAUUAAGUUUGAGUUAAUAAACUUGUAUCUGUUCAGAUCAAUUAGCCUGGCUAUAUUCAAUUAAGUUGAGUUAAUAAAUGA